UCUUCUAUCUUAACUAUCUAGCUAAUUCUCUUCAAUAUUAUCUGAAGCUAGCUAUGGACUUUUUUAAUUUCUUGCUUAAUUUGUUUGUUCCUCCAUUAAGUUUAAUAGCAUUGGCUUUCUCAUGGCCAGCACUUUGUUUCCUCAAUGCUUGUGAGUGGCUCUAUAACUAUAUAUAUGCUGAAGAUAUUAUGGAUAGUAAAGUUGUCAUCAUCACUGGUGCAUCUUCUGGCAUUGGAGAGCAAAUAGCAUAUGAGUAUGCAAUAAGGAGAGCAAAUUUAAUGUUGGUGGCACGAAGAGAACAUAGGCUAAGAGGAAUUGCUGAGAAUGCAAGGAGAAUGGGUGCAAAACAUGUCAUGAUUAUGGCUGCAGAUGUUGUGAAGGAAGAUGAUUGCAAAAGAUUUGUCAAUGAAACCAUUAAUGUAUUUGGUCGUGUAGAUCAUCUUGUAAAUACAGUAAGUUUGGGACAUACAUUCUACUUUGAAGAAGUUACAGACACCUCAGUUUUCCCUGUUCUCUUGGAUAUAAAUUUUUGGGGGAAUGUUUAUCCAACGUUGGUGGCUCUUCCUCAUCUUCACCAAAGCAAUGGUCGUGUUAUUAUCAAUGCAUCAGUUGAAAGUUGGUUACCUUUGCCAAGAAUGAGUUUGUUUGGUGCUGCAAAGGCGGCGCUAAUAAACUUCUAUGAGACGCUGCGAUUUGAAUUGAAAGAAGAGGUUGGAGUAACAAUAGCAACGCACGGUUGGAUUGGAAGUGAAAUGACCAGAGGCAAGUUCAUGCUAGAGGAAGGUGCAGACAUGCAGUGGAAAGAAGAAAGAGAAAUACAUGUGAGUGGUGGAGCAGUUGAAGAGUUUGCAAGAUUGAUUGUAAGUGGGGCAUGUAGAGGAGAUUCAUAUGUGAAGUUUCCUAGUUGGUAUGAUGUAUUCUUGCUAUAUAGAGUGUUUGCUCCAAAUGUUCUCAAUUGGGCAUUUCAGCUACUUAUAUCUCCACAAGGGACAAGGAGAACUUCUUCUUAUUUAGGGACAGGAAGAUCCUUGGACAAUGUCACUGGUGGUAUGGGGAAACCUAUGUUGGAGGGAAAUUCUCCUAGUAAUGGACACACAGGCAUGGUUCCUCAUACAUUCUCUGGCCAGUUGGGUCAUCAAAUGCAACAAAAGAUGGAUUGAAUUGAAUGAAUGAAGGCUUUUGCAUUUGUGCUAGAUACUUAUGCUUAUUCACUUGUAUUAUGUAAUGUUGCAUUUUUGUUAGUAUCAUGCUAUUGUGGACCUAUAAAUAUAAUGUCAUGUGGUUACUUGUAAGAUUUGUGUUAAAAUUGAAAAUAAACUUGGUGUUUGUCACCAAAAAUCUUUUUUUUUUAUGAA